GUCAAAAUCAAACCAAAGUAUUCAUGGCUUUUUGACUUUCACAUUAAAGCAUCCUGCUUUCGUUGCAACAGUUUGGAUUUCGACAUUCAAGCACAAGCUGUUUGCUACCUUGCUGCCUGACGGAAGUUGCAACCGCUGAGAAUUCACGAUGACUGCAAAGACAGUUCGGGAUGUCGCUAAGCGAUUGGGCAGGGUUUUGUUAAAGAACGAACCAAACUGGAUUACUGGAGAUCUAGGGAACUAUGUGAAUGAUGCACACAAAAGCCCACUCCCUACAAUAGCUACGUUUGCAGCCCCCAGAGUAGUUCAAGAGCUCCAUGAGGUCCAAAAGCCUAAGAUUGAAGAAGAGCAAGGACCUGUUCAACAGAGCGAUCUUUUAAAACCACUACUAAUGGAUAUCGCUAAAGAGGGCCUAAAUUAUGCUUUCCAAAAAUGGAUCAAGAGAAUGGAGGACCCUGAGCGGUAUUCAAAGACGCAAAAGCCGAAGAAAGUGAUUGUGGUUGGAGCUGGAAUGGCAGGGCUAGUGGCUGCAUUUGAGCUGGCACAAGUUGGACAUGACGUGAUGGUAUUAGAAAGCCAGACGCGAGUAGGAGGCAGAGUUUACACCCUUGGGGAAAAAGAUGGUUUUGCAAAGGGACUCCGCGGUGAGGCUGGUGCCAUGAGGCUACCAUGUCUCCCUGAUGCGAAGACCAAGACCCAUUUUCUCACAGAUUUUUAUGCUUCUGAGGAGCGGUUCAGCCUACCUUUGGCACAUUUUUCCAACUACAGUGAGAAAGCUUAUCUCAAGUUUUAUAACGAAGACGCUGUUCGUAUAGCAGACUGGAAUGAAGAUCCUUUGACCUGGAUGAACAAAAUUUGGCCUGGAUGGGAUGCUACACUAAUGAAAAAUGAAGUGAAAGGCAUCACAAGUAUCGAUGAAUAUUACAAUCGCACCACUAAAGUUGUAACAGAUCAGCUGUUUGAUUUGCUCAACGAUCCCAGCGUUAAACCAUGCGAUGCCUGGAAUCAGUGGAUUGAUCUCUGGAGUCAGUUUUCACUUGAUGGUUUCUUACAAAGUACCUACGAAGGGGUGAAGACAAAAGUCAAGAAAAAAGUCCUCGAAAAAAAAUACAGCAUCUCUUUGACAAGCCUUGAAGAGCUCAAGAAGUACCUUCCCUGGCCUGAUGCUGCCAUCACUGCUUACUCUGUCUUCACCUACACAGAGCAGCUUGAUCAAAGUCUUGUGCAAUACCUCCGAGAUCAACUGGGACAGUGGUGGUCAUCAGACAUGCACUGCAUCAAAGGUGGGAUGUCUUUGUUACCAGAAGCCUUCACCGAAAAAAGCCAUGGAGGUUGGAAUCCCGACGUUUACCUUCACGAUAAAAUUUACUUCAACCGUACAGUCAAAGAAAUUAUGUACAAAUUUCAUGAGGAUGAUACUGAAAAUAAUCAUGUGGUGGUGAAAGGCUACUUCAGCAACAGCAGACAACCUUUCCAAGUCGAAGGAGAUGCUGUUAUCGUCGCAACUCCAAUCAACAUUCUUAGGCAGAUCAAAUACACACCCUUUAAACACACGGAGCCUCCCCCACUGAAUUUCCACAAGGCCAUAGAAGACAUCUUUACCGGUCCAGCAACCAAACUCUUCAUACAGACUAAGACCAGAUUCUGGGAGAAAGACGGCAUUAAAGGAGGCUUCUCCAAAACAGAUCUUCCAAUCGGGCAGCUCCAUUAUCCAAGCAACGUCACUGGAGAGCAUCCUGGAGAAAAAGGCAUCCUGUUGGUUUACACGUGGAAGACGGAAGCCUUACUCUUUGGCUCCCUGGAUCCUGCUACUGCUUUACAUGAGGUAGUAGAGCAAAUAGCCACAAUCCACCCAGAGAUCAAAGACCAGGUUGAAACGGGGGCCGUCUUAGCAUGGUACAACCACCCAACCGCUCAAGGAGCCUAUGCCCUACUUAAACCCACCCAGUAUCAUAACGUGCGCUACGUCAUGGAAUACCCUAUGGCUAACAUCUUCUUUGCUGGUGACGGCCUUUCGUUUGCUGCAGGAUGGAUUCAGGGUGCCUUGGAGUCUGGUCUACGAGCAGCUUUUCAGUUUUACAUUCGCAACGAGGGCGAAUGGCCCAAGAAAAAGAACUGAUUUCGCGGAGCACUUUUGCUUGAUAGCAGAUUUGAUAAUAGACAAUCGGUUUAACGUAAAGGUGCAAUUGAGUGCUUUUGAUAGACAGCAAAGGUAUGGCUCCGUAUUAUCAGUGUAACUGUGUUAUUGAAAAUAUUAAAAAGUCUUAAUUGUUAGGGUACAGGCCUUAUAUAAUCGAGAAAAGUAGCUUGUUUUCUUUCUAAAGUUAUUUUGGGGACAAAAUAAAAUUGAUUACAGCGACUAGAAACCUGAGUGUG